AGGCUUUAAAAGCGAACAGCAUGGAUCCUGACCAGACUGCGCGGAUGCGCAGGCUGGUCUGGAUCCAUGCUGGUCGCAAACCCACUAUGUUGGUUUUCUCAUGGCGCGGCUCAUAUAUUGUAUAUUUUGUAAAUGAAUUCGAGAGAUAUUGGAUAUUUGUGUUGCUACAGUUAAUAAUACGUUGUAUUUUCUCAGGUUCGAGGACGAAGUCGCUGUAGUCAAGAGUAUAAAUGCAAUGAUAUUUAGUGUAGAGCUAUCUAAAAUGAGGGUCCACUAUUAAGAGUAUAAAGUCGCAGCGCUAGAAGUAAUCACUAACUGAUGUGGUGAAAAUGUGAAUAAAAUAUCCAGAGAUAUGUUGGGGUAGAGUGCAACGCUAUAAAGUACAGCAUUGAUUCUAAAUAUCUAAUGAAUAUAAUAGCGACUUGUUUACGGUGCUAGUGGGCGUGAGUGAUAGUUCACAGUUCAUUAUUUUUCAUGAAAAAAAAAUCAGUCAAACCGAAUCUGCAUUAAAUUUUAUUUAUUCUUGGCCGAGUUUUGAAGGAUCAUCUUAAGAUUUUAUUUUCUAUAAGCUGUGUCAUAGUAGUGUUUAAUUAUAUGUCAUGGUCGCGAUUUAUGCUUCCAAGGGAUAUUCAUACUGCUUUAUUUAACUUUCACAGCUACGUUCGUAUGUCUCGUGUGGCCGCCGUAAAGGUAUUUGUAAUUUUACUGGUCAUUUAAGGUUUUUAAGAUUUACUUCGUAAUAGAUCUAGUGAAGGACGGUUAAGACGGUGCAAAGGGAGCGAAGGUAGUUGCACAUUUUAUUACCUCUCAUAAGGAGGCUCAGUCAAACCUAUUCUGCUAUCAAAUUGUUCGGUUGCGUUCUCUGCUUUCAAAGUAUAUUUUUGUAGAUUGAAUUUGCAUAUACGACGUCGCCAUUUCUGAAUGUGCGUGCGACCGUUAAUUUCAAAAUUACGUCACUUUUUAAACGUAAGUGACGUUAAAGAGAAUUACGCGCCACACGUUUCUGUUAACGGCGAUAUAAAUUUUAAUCCUUUGAGAUGUAUAUCGGGUAAGUUACAUGAAUUUAAAAGGAAGCCGUUUUUUUGUAGGAGGAAAACUGAGCGUGCGCCGACUAGCACUGACUGCCGUCCAUUAUUUAAAAAAAAUAUUUAAAUAAUAUGACAAAUAUUUAAUUUUAAACUCUGUAGUUCUAUUGAGUAUACAUUGAAAUAAUAUCAGUUAAAAUAAUUAUUUGAUGCGUCGCUUAUUUUCGAAAUAAUAAAAAAUCGCGAUUUUCUGGGAUAACCCUCGUAUUUUAUGAAAUUCUGCCAAACGGGUAUUAUUAUCUACACUGGUAUGGAUUUUCGAGACCGGGUAUAUCCCGUAUCCUGUCACCAACAAGCUGUGUAGCUAUCCUUUAACUUCUAUGCUAUAAUCGACACAAUCUGUAAAUUUAACAAAGCUACUUACAGUGCAGAGUGGAAUCUUGCUAUCAUUUGUUUGGUCAUCAUGUUUUGUUUAUAGUUGAUUAACACCGGCGUUGAUUAACACCAGCCAUAAAAUGCACAAUGAACUGUGUUUUGACUGAAUUACAAAACACAAAAGCUCAUUUAUACAGGUUAUGAACUGGUUUUGAUCAGAAAUAGAAAAAGUCUUGUGUUCCAUCCUUUCAAAAAUCAUCAGAUUUCAAGAUGUCAGAAAUGUCUUGAAACUUCGCCUUUCAUCCCGUUUCCUGUUAAAUCCUUCAUCUUGCAUGUAGAUUAAAUGAUCCUACAACAAAUGAGACGGAGUGUCACGCGCAAACCCAAGGCCCCUAUCUCAAAGGUCAAGCACACUUAGGAGUCAAAGGUCAUGUAAGAUCUUAUGUCAGAACCUUGACAUGCAUUGAUUUACUCUUUUGUAUUUGGCAGAUCCCCAAAGUUUUUUGUGGACUUACAAUUAUUUAAUAGAAUUACUUCCCUUUGUUUUUUUAAAACAGCCUAUUUUGUAACCUUUUUAUUAUUGGCCGUAGGGAAAAACCGAGACCCCUUUUUGUGGUACAACAUGGAUAGUACCAAACUCCUACACAGUUAUCUCCCUUUCCGCUACACUCUCAUUGAUCACUGCCAACACAAAUUUUUAUCCGAUUUUACUUUUUUAUUUAUGUAAUUAUUUCGUUAUUUUUUCCCAAUGUUUUCGAAGUUUACCCUUAAUUAUUAAUUCUGGCAUAUUUUUCCAUUUAAAUUAUAGUACCUCUUCUACCGCAAAGAAAACAAUUAAGGGGAACCCGUUUCUUCGGAGUUUCGUCUGCCCUGUUUACCGAUCAUCACGUGAUGAACAAUAGUCACGGCAGUGAUCAGUGAGAGCGUAGCGGCAAGGGAUAUCACUGCGUAGGAGUUUGGGAUAGUACCUCAAAUUUUUAGGUGUAUUUUGACAUAUCUGUACCUUAUAAGGAUUUUUUGUGGACUUAAAGUUUUUUUAGAAUAACUUCCCUUUGUUGUACAUAUAAAUAGCCAUACAGAAAAACCAAUACCAUUUUUCUGUGGCACAUGGCCAAAGCCACAACAUGCGGUCAAACGUCAAAGCCUACAGAUCUUGUCCUGUGCAUAUGUUAACCCCUUCAAAUAUAUUUAUCUAUUUCUGCAGAAUGUCCCAAGCAUAGGACGAAGUGCAGAACCCAUGUACCAUUUCAGCCGUCACAUAUGAAUGUCAAUUUUUAAACCGCAGGUUUCAUGUCUAGUCUAUUUUAUUCGCUAACAUAUUCAAUGCUUUGUAUGUUGUUUUUUUUUUUAUAAAAUACUAAGAAAGUAUAAAAGGUUUCUUCUUAAUGUUUAAACAUUAUUAUAGUACUCGUGUUUACAAGAAAACAUAGGUCACUAAAUGGAAUCUUAUGCCUUAUCCAUCAUUAAGUUUCAACGGGGCCUCCGUGGCCGAUUAGUUAACGUCGCUGACUUCGAAUAACUUGCCCCUCACCAAUAUGGCUGAACAACAGAUGCAAUAUUUUCACUAGUGGUAUAACGACGAGGGAAAAUGUAAGAUAUGGUGUUCAUGAGUGAAAGAUAUUUUGAUCUUAUAUGUAAAACAAACAAAUGUUCUUUUUUAUUUCAUGGUUUGACUAACUCACUAUGUAACUGUACCCAUUUUAUAGUUUCUUACCAGCGAUAAAUAUAUUUGAUAAUUUUCACCAGUGUGAAAGUACCAGAUAUAUUUCCUUCUAAUAUUUCGGUAAUUCAUUGAAAACAUGUAAUAAAAUUUCAUAAAGAGUCAUAUGCACGUUCACAUCACACAACUAUUUUUUCGCAAAACAUUCAUGGAAAAUAUCUUCCCAAAGGAUUUACGACACCUAAUUAACUGACAAAUACGUAUUCGAUUGGAGAAUUUGCGUAUUAUUUUCUAGGAGAUCUAAGAGAAGAAUGUCAGACAGACAUGUAAUGUUUGUUAAAAGUCUCACUAGAAUCGGUGAGGGCUGUUAAAAUGGUACUUUUAGACUUAAUUACAGUUUCAUGCGCAAUUCUUAUACAGUUACACCAUCAAUUCGUACUGUUCAUUUUUGUAUGGAAAAUUUCAACUGAAGUGAAUUUCAAACUUAAAAUUCCAUCAUACUUUAAAACUUAAACAUUCACUUGUGACGUAAAUAAUUUGAGCCGCGCCAUGAGAAAACCAACAUAGUGGCUUUGCGACCAGCAUGGAUCCAGACCAGCCUGCGCAUCCGCGCAGUCUGGUCAGGAUGCAUGCUGUUCGCUAUCAGGUUCUUUAAUCCCAAUAGCCUUUGAAAGCGAACAGCAUGGAUCCAUGCUGAUCGAAAAGCCACUAUGUUGGUUUUCCAAUGGCGCGGCUCAUUUGUUGCAUUUGUGUUUUGCACUGUUUUGUAUCAUGUAAUUCAUCUUAUUGAAAGCUGUCCUUAACCUUUUGCCUGUUUGCAAGUUAUUCUGCCUUUUCGACAGUCUGCACUGUUCGCUCUUCAGUCACUAAAUUUUCAGUGACCACCCUUUCAUUUUAGGAAUUUAGCAGGGUAAAGUUAAUGGGGAAAAUCAAAGGAUACAGAACAUGAAGAAUUUCAUGCUUAGAAAAAUGCUUCUUCCAAUAUUGCGCAUGCACUUGCUCGUUAAAAGUCUUAAAGGGAGUUAAUAAAAAACAAUGGAUUCAGUAAUAUUUCCUACUGUCUUAAUCGACUGAAAAAUCUUAGACAAAUAUGUGAGAAAACAAUUAUCAAAAGUAAGAUUUAACAAGAAAUCAGUAUCUUUUAUCUUCAUAACGAAAACUAUGGCAUUCACAAGGAAAACUAUGGCAUUCAUUAACAAGGAAAACUAUGGCAUUCAUUCACAAGGAAAACUAUGGCAUUCACAUAAUAAACAAAUGCAUUAUGAGCCUUUGGAAAUUACAAGAACGGGAUUCAGUCCUUUCAUUUAAUAUAUAAAGUAAGUUCUGCGAGAGUUCUUGUAAAAGACAGACAUUGGGUUUCAUUUUUUUUUCAAGUUUAAAGCAGAAAAUCAUACAUUUAUUCAGCAUAAGCAUGUUCUUCAACGGAGGUCUUUCAAAAGAUAACUUUGCAUACUUAAAAUUUGAAUAGACAUAGUUUAAUAAUCCCACGCGUAGGGAACAAACAAGCGGGAAGGUGCAUGGGGAAAAAUGUGGCAGAAGUGUUAAAAUUACCUAUUGAACUUCCCUGUUAUUUAAGAUUUACUUUAAAAGAUAUGUGCUGCCAGCUCAUUAGCUGUUUAUUGGUGACAGUUCAGACAGAAACGUAUGAAUUGAAAAAGUUUACAUAUCGAAAAGACGUAUUUUGCUGUAACUGCAAUUUUAUGUCAUCAUUAACGAUAAGAUAAGACUUCUAGAUCCGAAGCCUCACGAUUCUCUAAUAAAAUGUUCAGGUAAUUUUCAGUCAUUGUCGUCAUAUCGUGUUGCUCCGAUGACACCUUCUUUGCAGAAGAAAAACACGUGCAAAUACAGCACAGGGGUAUGUAGCAUUGUACUGUACAUGCUUACAGUGCUUUCAAAGUUAACUCAGAACGGCUAUAAAAAAAGAAAUGAUCAACCAACCAUUUUUUAUUUUAAGAUUAACUGACCAGUUAUACGGUAGAAAUUUGUUAACAAUAUUAAUAGGUAACUUUAAAAAGGCAGUAUAUAGAUGUCAGUGUUACAAACCCCUGUGUAAUAUGGCCAAUCUAUAUAUGUGCAGACAUUGAUUGUUUUGUUCCAUUUCACGGCUACAUAAACCAGGCUCCACCACCAAAAACUAGUGAUAAGGAAAAUAAGCUAUUGACAUUUCCGCGGAGAAGCAAUCAUCUGAUUGUGUUUGUAAACACGUGAGUACAAUUUAUAUCUUGCCGUAUAUUUGAGCUCAUCAGAACCAAGUGCUUAGCCCGGGUUGUUAGUUUAGGUGGAAGGUCCGUCGUUCGUAAUGCAUAAUCUUAUUUAAAUUACUGGUCAGAUUUUUUUAUAAAAAAAAAAAGGUAGGAAGCAUUCUAGUAUGGACUUUUUCCAUUUUUGCUUAAAUGGUUCCCCGGGACUAUUAAAAGACCCAACACAAAAUAACUUUAAUUUAUUAUGAAUUCACGGUGAUUUCCUUUAGACCACGACUUGCGUGUUUACUGUCUAAACUUUUUCUUGAAUCGAUGUAAUAACAGUAUGCACAGUGUUUGAUGCAUUUAAUUAUGUUUAAACUAUAAGUUAUUUCUGGAGCGUAAUAUAUUUAUUUAGCUGUAUUUAAAGCCUUUAAAAAUAAGCAGCUAAAAUCAAUUUUCAUAUAAAACUGAAUAAAUGCAAUAAUUCAGGAAGGGCCUUGAACUAUCCACCAGCCAUACUGUAGUAUUGCUCAACUGCACAUGUUUUAUCAAUUGACUAUUAACAUAUCAAGCUGUGUCCGAUCCUCCAAAAUAAAAGUGCGUUUACCCAACCUCUGUGGGUUGUUGAAAAGAUAGAAUAAAUUUUAUCUAGAUACACUCCACAAAACAAACGUGGAACAGAAACUGACAUUGACUUCACGUAUGACGUUACGUUCUUGUAACGUUACGGCGUCUCUUGUGCCCAAACUAAGGUCAGUGUGUAAUGGUAUUGUCAAUGAAUUCUGAACAGCCAUACUGGUUAAAUGCUGUUUUGUAGACUUUUGAACUUGAGUUUCUAUAUUUCACAUACGUAAGAAAACAUGGCAAUACUAAGCCUUGAACUUGUUGGAAUGUGAAUGCAAUAUCUGUCUAUAGCUUCGGAAGAUUAAACGCUAUUUGACUGUCAAUAUUACACAUGUAUAUUUCACUGGACAGAAAAAUGAUUAUUAUGUUGAAAAUUUAUAAAUAAAAACUUUGUUUCCUACCAUUAUUAUUAUUUACUUCUAUAAAUGUCGUAAGUAACAAAAGAAGGAAAAAUACAGGUGCGGGAUGAUAUAUGUUCAUUGUGUUUGCGUAAUUUUACUGUUUUGCCUUUCAGUUCAAGAUGAUAUUAUCAAUACUGUUCGUGGCUACAUGCUCACAUGCAGCUGUACAACAUCCUCACAAAGACCUUCCUGGGGAGGUAGCACGUAGGUUUCUGCACGAGUUGUGUCCUGAAAUCAAUACGUGUUACGGAAACCAAACAUCACAUGGGACACCAGUGUUUGAAAAGAAAAAAAACUCGUGCUGUACUGAUUGUUCAUGUGACCCCAACUGCGAGGACAACCGGAACUGCUGUUUUCCAAGUGACCCUUCAUCGAAACCGGAUGAUAUUCAUUCGGAGAGUGUUUGCCUGUUCCCGCUUCUUUUAGAACCGAAGGGCAAGGAUCGCCGUUUUUAUCAAUCUUACUGGAUGAUUUCUGAUGUUCCAGGUGAUAAUAAUGGAGACAGACAUGGUGCAACAAAAGCAAAAUGCGGGGAUGAAAAUGUUGCGCCCUUGGGUACCCUUUUACCAGUGUUUUCAAAGAAAACACGAAAGAUAUACAAGAACUCGGUGUGCGCUAAUGCAGCCAAUGUUACAGACGGUAAACCGUGGGAUGUUUUGCUUACGUGUAAAUACAUGGGUACCUCUCCACUAAAAAAAGAUAUUGCCACUUUCAUUUCAAACUUGUAUUUAACUUCCUUACAUGAGGAUUGCCAGUUGCAAUUUACAUAUCCCGGAGACAACGCGGACCUUAAAUCAGAAAAAUGCUUUACGAAUUUGAUAAAAACAUGUUCUGAAAGAGAUUUCAGUAUACCAGAACAACUGCCGUUAUCAAGAUAUCUGAUCAGGCAACUGUGUACCACUAGCGGACUCCUGUCACCAUAUAGAAGAUUUGACAUGUAUGCGAAUGUAUUCUGUUAUAUUUGCAAUGGCGUGACCUUUUCUAAAACAUCCUUAUGUAAUAACUAUUACGUAGAAAACCGUGGAUUAACUGACAACCUUGUUCUUCUUCUCGACGGCAUUUUCAUGUCAGAUGGUGACAAAAUGGCAUCAAAGCAACAAAGUAGUCCAAAAGCGUGCCAUGUAACACAAAAAGACAAGGAGUCAGGUCUUUGUCGAAAAGUAUACUGUCCAUCCGGCCAACUCCGAAACGAAAAGGGCGAAUGUGUAUUUGCGGUUAAGAAGUGGUAUUUGACAAGAUUUGAGAUGUACCUUAAACUGAGUGCAGACACAUUAUUUGAUGUAGAUGAAACGUUCAAGAACUCCAAACCCGGUACGAAAGAAAUUUCACAACUUUUUCAUAAAUGGCCAAACAACUGGUAUAUUGAAGCCGUGUCUAAAGAACGCAUACAGAAAAGGAUGCACAAUGUUUUGUUUGUUAAAAUGAUACAGUGGUCACCAAUAAGAGACACAAAGAAGCUAUUACAAACUAUUCAAAAGUUGCUGAAACUACCAUGGACCUUGAAAGCAAGCAACGGACCUAACAUAUCCAUGUUCGCGGAGCUGUGGUACAUAACAAGAGCUUUGCACGGUACGGCUUUGUCAGCUACAAACAUAACUGUACCUUUGUACGAUUUCCUUUACCGCAACAUUUCAUUCACUGCAAAGACAUUGUUUGCGGUAACAAAGCUUUACUUCUGUGAACAGGUCGAACUGAAUGCGUCGGAAUAUGAACUGCAUGGCAUCCAUGUUCUACGCAAUAAAAUUACAGCCCAAGUUUUGUUUACUGGCGAAUUUACAACUGUACUGUCGGCAGACCAGGGUGAAGAUGUGCCGUCAGAACAUGCAAGAGUGUGUUUGAAAGAUUCAGGAUAUACGAGAGCAGAAACUCUUUUUGACACUGAUAGUUCAGUCUGUAAUGUCGUUAACAAAUUUUUUCUUUACUGUUAUGUAAUUAUUUUGUGGAUUUUGGAAAGGAAUUAAGGUAUCAUUGCAUGUUAAUUAAUGAACUAAGUAAUAUUUGAUACAGUUCUAUGUUAAUUGCCGAGGUCAUACGACGAUAAAAUCGGCAAUACUCUGUUUCUUCUCCUUUCUUGGACAGUAUUAGAUUCAUUUAAUUUGGCGGCUCAAAGCGAUAUAAUUUUUCAGCAGUUCAGCGAACUAGGCCAAUAUCACAUUUCGAUGUUUGUAGCAAAAAAGACACCAUUUCGAUUUUUUUUUUAGAUUUUUUACAGCUGUUAAUAGUGCACUACUUGUUGAAAACCAGUUUCGGGGACUAUAGGACUGCACUUUUCCGUCCCCGUCCGUUAUUCUGUUCGUCUAUCCGUCUAUAAUUUCGUGUCCUGUCCAUAACUGCCAUUGAUCAAGGGAUGUUCGUAUUCCUUAGCAUGAAUGUUCCUCAUAACAAGACGACGUGUCAUUCGCAAAACCCGACUUCUAUCUCAAAUGUCACGGUGACACUUGAAGGUCAAAGUUAGCAUGGCAUUUACAGGGUCUGUUUCCAGCCCAGUUCAGAAAUCUGUCAUCCAUUGAGGGAUUACAGCAGAACAUUUUUCUUGUCCGGUUCUGGAUUCGAAUGUCCAAUGUCGUUCUGGUUUCGAAUGUCCAAUGUUGUUCUGGGUUUGAAUGUCUAAUGUCGUUCUGGAUUUGAAUGUCCAGUGUUGUUUUGGGUUUAAAUGUCCAAUGUCUUUCUCGAUUCGAAUGUCCAAUGUCGUUCUGGUAUUGAAUGUCCAAUGUCGUUCCGGAUUCGAAUGUCCAGUGUUGUUCUGGAAUCGAAUGGCCAAUGUCGUUCUGGGUUGGAAUGUCUAAUGUCGAAUGUUGAACUUCUCGCCAUAUAUUGAUGGAUUUAAAUAGUUAUCAGCUUGCUUUUUUUGCUCUGUAGAGCUAUUUUCCUUAUUGUCAUUGCAAUCCCUUUACAGAUUCCUCGACCGUACAUAUAGUUCAUACGAGCAAUGGUUUUAAUGAAAGCCGAAACAUAGCGGAAUACAUACGGAGAAAACGUAAUCGAACGGAAAGUUCUUAUGGUCAUUGCAGAUCCACUACCUUAAAAUUAAGAUAUUGUAAUAUCAUUUUGAAGGUUCAAAAUAUUACCACUGAAAAGACUAUAUAAUGUUGAAGGUGGUACAAACGCAUCCAUUGUAUUUGAACACAUGACUGUGUGGACCAGAACUGUAUCAUUAAAACCAAUUAAGGUAGUGGACCGGUAAUGACACCGGGUAAUUUCCUUGUGAAUACGUAUUCUCGUUAAAUAGUUCGACAUUUUUCGGAUUUAAGGUAGCAAAUCGCGCACAUAACCUUCUGUAAAAGCUAGAGGAUACCGACUAUACGAUGCGAAAUGCUAUGGUGCGAUAAUACGGAACAGAAUGCAAAGAAACAAUAUCUAUAUUGAACUUUCGUAUCGUGUAGAAUUUUCGUAUUGUAUUGUCAUUUUAUUUCGUGCUGGCACACGCAAGAUCAACAAAAUAUUCGUGUUGGUGCGUUGGGUGUACAUGUAUUGACGUAAUAUUAAAAAUAUUUAUUGUAUCGCGUUUAUGCAUGUUCCAAGACGAUACAACGAGAUGUACAUGACAAAACGACAUAACGAAAGACUUUAUUGCGCCCUGGCGCACGUGGCACCAAAAUGUCCUGAAGCAG